AUGGAGGAUCGUUUUCCAGGACUCCGCAUGCUAGUCGAGGACGAAAGGCGCAAAGAACAUAACCAGGACGGGGCCAGGAACGAUGCUGACCGGCAGGCAGAACGUCUAGCCAGAAAUAUCUUCGAUUACCUGACGAAGCCUAGCGACAUUCUUGGUAUCUUAGAAAAAAGGUGCAAGAGUCUGAUCGAUUUUUUCCCAAAAGAUAGCUGGGAAAGAGACUUUGAGGACGCCGAGUCCGAGAAUCAUGCCACUGCCCAGAAGGCAUUGUUUCAGGCACUUGCAAAAUACACUCCUUGUGGUAUUUGCGAGCACCAAGAUGCAAAAGACCGGCCCUCGUGGCACCCGGCGAGAUUAUUCUUGAUGAGGCUUAAGAGCAAGGAAGAUCUAGUCCGGUUUGAUGUCAUCACAUCGUCAACCAUCAAUGGGUCUUGGGAAGAUCUCUGUAUUGAGAUACCAGCAACGACUGUGAAGAUUGCGAACGAAAAGGGACCGGAUCACAACAAGACCACCAUCUACCUUUCCAACAAGCCAUUCAGAUCUGAGCUUGCAUCUGGCAGUCAUCGCCCCGUGAAUAGGUGUGUCCCAGUUGCCGCGGAUAUAAACCCAGAGCUAGACCAUGCCCGCGAUAACGGCAGCAAGCAUGCAAACUCCACACAGCUCAGAGGACCAAGGUCUCCUACCAGCGGGGAGGACUUUGAGAUUGCUAUAAUUUGCGCCCUUACCCACGAGGCGGCCGCCGUUGAGGCUCUUUUCGAUCAUUCCUGGGGCAGCGAUGAUCCCCGUUACCACAAAUCUAGUGGCGAUAAAAAUGCCUAUUCCACCGGCUCCUUUGGCCGUCAUAAUAUCGUUCUCAUUCAUAUGGGCUCCAUGGGGAAAGUCCCCGCUGCUUCAGUUGCGUCGGGUUGCCAGGCAACAUUUCCCAACAUCAAGCUUGCUGUUGUCGUGGGUGUCUGUGGUGUGGUACCUCUUCCCUCGGGUCGUCCCCCCGGCCGUGGUGAAAUUAUCAUGGGUGAUGUCAUCGUGAGUCAGGCUAUCGUCCAGUACGAUUUUGGACGGCAAUAUACAGAGUUAUUCGAACCAAAGCUCACUCUUUUGGACUCACUUCCGAGACCCAACCCCCAGAUCGCCAACUUCCUGGCGAAGCUGCAAACCCCCAAAGGAGAAGCGACGCUCCAUAAGAAGAUGUCUAGUUAUCUGAGUACACUCCAACAAAUACCUGAAUUGGAAGCAUGCUAUCCGGACACAAAUCUAGACAUCCUUUUCGACGCGAAAUAUGAACACCGAGACAAGGCUCUAUCAUGCAAAGAUGCGGGCUGUUGCGGUCAAAUAGUGAAUCGCGCUCGUCUCAUCGACGGGACACCGGAGCCCGUGGUGCACUUUGGUUUGUUAGCCUCGGGGGAUAAGGUGAUGAAGUCCGGGUCACAACGAGACGCAGAGGCUAAGCGGUACCCCAUUCUGGGCUUCGAGAUGGAGGGUGCCGGUGUUUGGGAAAAUUUUCCCUCCUGCGUUGUGAUAAAGAGCGCCUGCGACUAUGCAGACAGCCACAAGACAAAAGGAUUCCAGCGGUAUGCAGCGGCAACGGCAGCGUCAUGUGCAAAAGCAUUUCUGGAUGAAUGGGUAUGA